CAUCAGAUUUAAAUUAGAAAAGUAAACAGGGAGUGGAUUUGGUUGAGAAAGAUAAUCAAACAGGUUGUUUGCAUGAAGAAGGUCAGGUCAAGCCAACCAGCAAAUUAGAAAUUAUCGUAAUAGGAAAAGAAGCUUAAAAAUUUUAUCGCAAUGCGAUCUGGGUCAAGGCUUCAACAUAUUAUAUUUUGGCAACGGAGAGAAAGGACUGGCAAUUGGACAUUCGAGACACGGUUAUUAGGCAAAGCGACAAAGGAGCAAAUUUUAAAAUUUCCAGUAAUGAAUAUGAUCGUUCACACUCUAGUCCCCACUUUCCACUAUCAAUCAGGCUUCCAAGAGAAUUCUGAUUGCCAUUUAAAUCGCUCGCUAAUCACUUUCCAUUAUGAAUUGCACUUAGCACCACCUGCACACCCGAAAAAGAAAACAUUGGGUGGAGAUUAAAAGCACUGAUAAAAUUCACCAUAACAACAGCCUUUUUAUCAGGUAAGUCGUGGGUUCCAUUUCUAGUUUCCUUUCAGUUGGUUUUUCUCUUUCUUAAUCCAUACUUUUAGUGCCUGCCCAGCUCGUACCAAGCAAAAUCCAGUAGUCUGUUGACUCUGUUCAAUUUUUGCUUCUUAUGAUUAUUAUCUUGAAUUCUUGAUUGUUGAACAUUUUUUUUUUUUUUGUUUUCCUUGAAGGCUCAACGGACCGGAUGCUAUAUAAUUAUAGACCCUUUUAGUAGAAAAAAAAAAAAAAAUCGAACCUUGCUCAUACUAACGACAAGUUAGUUUUGAUUGUGAUCAAGAUAACUGCAACGUUAGCAUUGGAAUAUCACUAAUAUUUAAAUGACUGCUCUUUGAGUGUAUGUAUAAGUACCAAUUGACCUUUUUGUUUUAGUAAGACUCCUUAAAAGGUCGUCAUCAUGUAGUGUUGAGCAUCAAAAGGAAAAUGUCCUGCUUUUGAUUUCCUUUCUAUAGUGUUUAAUAUAGGUUAGCUUCCUAUUUUGCCUUUCUUUCUAUUUAUCAAAGGUCAUUAGAAAGAAUAGAAAUUAUUGUGUGACUUAGUCUAUAAGCAGAGUCAAUUGUGUAAUGAUAUGUGUCAAUUUCAGUUAAGUAGCAUAUUUAGAUUGGUUAGUUUUUAAUCAUGGUGAUUAAUGGUAGUUAUCUAACCAAGACAAUUAUACCAGUAAACAAUAUUUGAUACAUACAGUCGUACAAUUAGCUCUAUCUACGAAUGGCUGUUUCUGUUUAAAGAAGUUUCCUUCUUUUCUUUUUUCUAUUCAUGAAGUUUUCCAAUAAAUGUUAUUGGUAGGUUUACCUGAAAAUUAACUAAACAGCAUUCUAGUACAAUGUGAAAAAAGGCAGAGAACUGAGAAGGAUAAAAUGUUAUUUGGCUCCAAUAAAUAAUGUUGAUGCAGGAGGAUCUGUUGCAGAUUUAUGUUUUUGUAUUGUUUUAUAUGAUCAGUUAACAUGUUAUGGAAUAUGGAUACCCUGGGGAUGAUUAUCAUCUACGCUCUUGGUGCUUUAGCAGUCAAAAAUGAAUAGAUUGAGCUUCAUGUCAUCAGAGAAAAGCAGUAUAUAACAUUUGGUUUGAUAACAAUAGCAGGUUUGGAUCUUGGGUCGUGUAAACUAUUAUGGAGAGGAUUUAUGUCGGUUCUGGUUUAGACAGAAUCAGUGACCUCCCGAGCAAUGUGAUAGAUCACAUCCUAGCAUGUUUGCCUUUCAAAGAUGCUGUGAGGACCAGUACCUUGUCCAAAAAGUGGAAGGAAAAAUGGCAUAUGGUACCUCAAAUUGUAGUUGAUAAGAACUUUUUCCAUGAAAGAUCACAACGAAAACUUGAGGGUAUCAUCAAUUAUAUUCUUGCUCGACAUGAAGGAACAAUUGAGAAAUUUUCUUUGUCCGUUGAGGAAGUGAACAAUUAUUACAACCUGAAGUUGUGGAUAUGGUGGUUGUCUCAGAAGUCAAUUCAGGAAUUGACCCUCCUGAUAUGGGAUGGUCGGCGCAAUGAAAUGCCAUCUGGUUUAUUUUCUUGUCAGCAGCUGAGGAAGUUGAACCUCCGCUAUUUUGAGGUCACACCAGCUCAUUCAUUCAAAGGAUUUCGUAAUCUUGUUAGCCUUCAGUUGGACAAAGUCAAGAUAGCAACUGCUUUAUUGGAAAGGCUCAUUGCUAGUUGCCCAUUGCUUGAACGGUUGAGAGUACGAAACUUGAGUUACAUUGAUCAUCUUCAUAUCAACGUCCCAACUCUCAAGUACUUUUCCGUUGAUGGAGAAUUCAAAUCGAUUUGUUUCAAUACUCCAGUUCUUGAGGUAUUGUCUAUCAAUUUGUAUGAAAUUGGUUCUGGGAAUAACCAGUUUGAUCUAAGAUUCAAAUUACGUGGUUUGCCACCUGCAAUUAAGGAGCUUUAUGUGCGAUGCCAAUUUCAGAAGUUCUUGGCUGCAGGGGAUGCAAUAUUCACUGAAGUAUCAACUUCUUACAGCCAUCUAAGGACUCUUGGACUGGGUUCAUUUUGUUUUGCGAAUAUGGAUCAAGUCUCAUGUCUCCUUUCUUUAAUUGGCAGCUCCCACAACUUGGAAAUACUUGAUAUAACUGCCUGCAACUGCAAAAAUGAACAAGUACCUGAACCCGUACUAGAAUUUUGGGAAGAACAGCAUGAUUUUUCUUUAUCCUUGAACCAUUUGCGGAAGGCAACAGUGAGGUCAUUCCAUGGUAAAGAUCAUGAGAUGAGGUUUGUCAAAUCUGUACUCUCCAAUUCACCUUUGCUCAAGGAGAUGACUGUGGAAUGCACGAGGAAUCCCAAUUUUGAUGAGGAUGAAAUAAGAGCAGAGUUGUUGUUUCUUUGUCCUGCCUCUACAGAGUUCACGUUCAUCGGAGGUAAAUACGAUUCCAGCAGUGAUUUGGAUGAAUCCUCUCCUGAUAGUGAUUAGAUGGCAGCCAUCUUUUGUAUCGACAAAGCUUAUUCUGUUAUCUAAAGAGGAGGGGUUUACAGUAAAAAAAGAAUGAUCUGAAGAUUUUGUACUCGGCCUGAAAAUUACGAUGCAUGAGUGAUAGAGACAAGUUUUCAUUGCUCACUACUAGCUGUUUGAAGUUUAUAUGAAUAAGUUUGGAUGAA